CAAAAAGCCCAACAGCUUCGUUUUACAUCCCAACGACAAUCACUUAACUGAUGAAGCCGGUGAUUCGCUUCGUCUCUUCCUCCUGAUCGCCGACGUGCUCUACCUUCACUGCAGUUUCUCCCUCUUUAUACACGAAAAGAUGCAAGAUGAAUUGAAGUGCUGUCUUCAGAUUGGCUGUGCAGACGUAGCAAUAAUGAAGAUCUUACAUUCACAUGUCUUGCAGUUUCUCAUCUAUUAAAGCCUUUGCCUGGAAUCAUGGAUGGAAGCAAAUUGCUUUGGAAUCGGACUCUUCACAAGCUUUAAGCUUACUUACGUGUGAUGGUAAUGACACUCGAAAGCUACCUAUGGUAGCUAAGAUUCGAGUUUUUCUUCAAAAGGAUUGGACUAUUCAGUUAAAUCGGAUCCAGAGAAAGUGCAAUUUAUGUGCGGACUGGAUUGCGAAAAAGGCUAUGGAUGAUCCACAUGGUCUUAUCUCAAUCUCAUCUCCCCACAGUGAUCUUAUCAACCUCUUAGCUGCUGAUAUUCUGGACCCUGGAGAUGAGGCUGGCUAUCACUAGGAGGCUAAGUUUUAGUCUUUGCUUCUGCGUUUUGCUCUGUUUGUAGUUUUGUUUCCUGUUUUUCGUUUUAGUUUUCUGUCUCUGGGGCUUUUCCCCUUCUU